AUGGGAGGCCCGAGCCCCGAUCCCGCCCUGGAUGGCGAGUCCAGAGUGGGCGAAAUUAUCGCUAUCCUCUCCGUGGCGAGCAUUCUGUCGACCCUGGCCGUCACAUUGAGGUGCUAUUCUCGCGCCGUCAUCCUUCGGUCCUUUGGCUUGGACGACGCCGUCAUAGUGCCAGCACAGAUCUUAACGUUGGCCUCAGCAGUGGCGAUUGGGCUCGAAUCGAAGUAUGGCCUUGGCCGCCAUGUCUGGAUGAUGCCCGAUGAACAUUUCGUGCCUUACAUGAAGGCAGAGGCUUCCGAUAUUAACAAGAAGCAGUCCUUUUACAGCUCCAUCGCCGUUUACAACGUGGCGGUCUGUCUGACCAAGAUUUCCAUCCUGCUCCAGUACAAACGCAUCUUUUCGAACACGAUCCUCCGAAAGAUCAUCAUAUUCGGCCUGUGCUUCCUCACCUGCUGGGGCAUUACGCUCUCCUUCCUCUUGCCCAUGGUCUGCAUACCCGUCGCUGCCUUUUGGGACCCCAACGUGAAGGGAUUCUGUCUCGACAAUGCUACCAUCUGGUACGUUAUGGCAGGCGUCAACGUGGUAACGGACUUUGCCGUCUUCACGAUGCCCAUCCCUGUCAUCAGCUCGCUGCACCUGCCCAAAAAGCAAAAGGCGAUGCUGCUCAUCGUCUUCACGCUAGGUAUCUUCCCUUGCGCCGUCUCCAUCUACCGCAUCCGCACCCUCAGCGCGGCCGCCAAGUCCACCGACCCUACAUGGGACAACGUCGACGCCGCCACCUUCUCCUUCCUCGAGCUCUCCGUCGGCGUCAUCGCCAUCUGCCUCCCCACGAUACGGCCCGUUCUCAUCCAGACCAUGCCCCGCAUCUUCGGCUCGCUGCUCCGCUCCGCCGGACAGUCGGCCGGCACGGGCCCGAAGGGGAACCGCGGCAGCCGCACCCCCUUUGGCGGACCCGGCAGUGGGGCCGGAGGCACCGGCGCUGCGUCCUCUGGGGCGCGCGCAUCCAUGUUCAAGGGGACUACCCUGCGCGACACGGACAGCACCGAGGAAUUGCGGCUGGAGGACGAGGAGAUGGGGUUGCCGCGCAGCAGGCUCGGCAACGACAUUGAGUUUGAGGAGUUGGAUAAGGGGGUGUUGCCACAAGAUCCGAACGGGAAGAGGUAUAGCGUGAGUGUGGUGGCGGGCUGGGAGCCGUCCAGCUUUAAUCAGGUGUCGGUGGAGGGCGGGGACGGGAUCAAGACGACGACGGUCGUGACACAGAAGGUGUCGUUUGCGGGCAUGCUGGAGGAGGAGGAGGGGGCCAGGAGGCUGGCCGACAAGGGCAUGUUGUGA